CCCCCCGUCUCCCCCGCCCCCCCGCCCUGGUCUCUCCUGCGCCCCCUCGGCCGCCGCGGGCCGCCCAUGGCGGUCGUCGCCCAGGGCUCCUUCGACACCUGGGGCGGCUCCCUCUGCUUCGAGCGCGACGCGCCGCGGGCGCCGGCCGCCGCGCCGGGCCACAGUGGCCUCGCCCCGCCGGAACCCCAGGCGGCGCGGCCGAGCUUCCAGCUGGAGCUCGCCGAGCUGCUGUCGCCCACGGUGCCCCCGCCGAGCUCGCCCGCCGCCGCGGCGGCGCGGCCCGCGCGGCGGCCGGACGGCGCCUGGAGCCUGCCGCUGGAGUUCCAGGAGCUCACGACGCAGGACGUUCUGGCGCACAGCCGGUCCCAGGACUUCGCCUCCCUGGCGGGGCCCGGCGGUUCCUCCCGGGGCGCGGGCGCCUCUGCCGAGUGGGCCCCGCCGUCCGCGGGCAGUGCCGGCAGCGGCACGGGCGCCCGUGCCAGGAGCCCGGCGCCG